UUUUUUAUUUUUUUUUUUCGAUAAAUGGAAGCGCCUAUCAAACACUAUAAUCGAUCCGAGUAUAUAGAAACAGACACAGGUAACAAAGUGAGUAGAAAAUCAGUCAUCUGUGGUAGUCAGAAUAUUAUCCUCGGUGGAAAAACCAUCAUUCAAACAGACUGUGUCAUCCGUGGAGAUCUUCGACGAGCAGGUGGAGGACAUGCUGUGGUUAUUGCCAUCGGUAGAUAUUGUUUACUCUCUUCCAAGUCUAUUAUCAGACCGCCUUAUAAGACAUACAAAGGAAUAUUUAGUUAUUAUCCAAUGAAGAUUGGUGAUCACGUCACUAUUGGUGAAGGAAGUAUUGUUGAAGCAGCUACGAUAGGAUCUCAUGUCACUAUUGGAAAGAAUUGUAUUAUUGGCCGAUUUGCGAUUAUUAAAGACUGUUGUUGCAUCUUGGAUAACACGAUUAUUGCACCCAAUACGGUAGUACCUUCAUUUAGUGUCUAUGGUGGAUCACCAGGAAAAUAUCAGGAUGAGUUACCAGAAUGUACUCAGGAACUUUACGAGAACAAGACAAAAGAUUAUUAUGCGAAGUUUACUCCCAGAGAUUAAGAUAAUAAUGAUCAUAAGAACAAUACCCUUAAUAUCCCCCCACUUAUAUGCUUACAGCAAUGUAAUUACCAAAAAUAACAUUAAAACAAAAAAAUAUUACGGACAG